AUGAUCGGAAGAGACCAAAAGAAGGGGAAAGACGAUGUGUGUUUGUGUGAUGUGUUCCCUGUAAUCGAAAGAAAAAAGAGGCGUUGGAGUCGGCGAUCAAUGCCUAACUCCAAUACAACCAUACGAUCAAUGCCCCCACUUCUUCACCUUCGUUUUUUGCCAUCAUUUCCGUCUGCUGUCAUCGAUUUGAAGAGGAAGGGGUUCGAUUUGAAGAUCAUCUUUCCCCUUCGUAGAUCAUCUUUCCCCUUCGUCUCCUCCGCCCUUUUCUCCCACAAUGUCUCUUUCACCACCACACCAUUCUCCAAUCCUAAUCUUAAAUCCUACAAACUAAACAAUCGAAGAACCCUAACUGUAUCCGCACUAGGAGUCGACACAUUUGACGGAACAACACUGGCAGUCAUCGGAGGCGGCUCGGUCGCAGCAAUCGCCGCCGUGAUUUCACUCGCAGACCCCGAGAAGCGCCGACAGUUGCAGGCGGAGGAGGUUGGCGGUCAGGUUCACGUUUCAUCGGGAUCGGGAUCUUUCUUUCCAGGCUAUUUGUUGAAGAAGUCCAUCAGGUUCACUUUUCCUAAUUUACCAUUCGUUAUCUCCUAUUGCAUCUAA